GAUUUAAAGCGUGGUUCAACUGGUUUAGGUUGGGAUCCAAUAAAGCGAACCAUUGAUGUUUCGAAAGAGUGGUGGGCAGAAAGGCUCGUGGUGGUGCCGGCAGCUAAAAAGUAUAAAACUUGUGGGAUUGAACCUGAUUUGGAGGAGAAGUUAGACCUAAUGUUCGGGGGUGUCGUUGCCACAGGGAAAUAUGCAUGCGCUCCAAGCGAGAUGGGAUUUGGUGAAACACAGGACAAUGUUGCUGUCAGCUUAUCAGAUGAUUCACCUGAAUUCCCAAGUCCAGGUCCCACUGAGAUUCAAUCUACGAACCGCCCUAAGCGAUCUAGGUUCGAGAGUAAAAAAAAGGGUGGAGCUGCGACUAUCAGAAACCAGAUAUCAUGCCUAAUGGAUUCUUCCAAUGAUGCCCCCCAUAAAGUGCAGAAAACAUCAAUUAAUGAGGUCGUGGCUAUUCUAGAGCAGGAUCCGAGUAUUGCAGCGGAUAAUGAGCUAUACUACUUUGCUGUUGAGCUGCUUCAAGAUUCGGUGCAGAGAGAUUUUUUCACAGCAAUUGCCAAAGAGCGAAGGGUGUCGUAUCUACAAAAUUUUUAUGAGCGCAAGAAAUUUUGA